GAUUCCCUGGAGGGACCCCUCCUUCAGGUGGAGGGACUGAGCGAUCUCAGACUGGAGCUCCAUAGUAAGAAGAUGAACAUGCACCUGGUCCUAAUAGAUGAAUUGCACCGCCAUCUUUACAUCAAAUCUACCAGUCGGGUUGGACAACGGAGCAAGGAAAAAGGGAGAAUAAGCUCGCUCGUGAAGGACAGCUCUCCCGUGCCUCUUCUCGAUGUAACUAACGUGUCUACCCCUCGCAAGUUCCUCGACUCUUCCCAGUUCAGCACGCCAGGGAACUCCAGCGGGAAGGACGUCAGUCUGAUAGAAAUCAAGGAAGAUCUGGAGCUGUAUCCGGAGGAGAAUAGCUCCGUCUUCAUGGGCAUUCUCAUCAAAGGCCUGGCAAAGCUGAGGAAGGUUCCGGAGACUGUGAAGGCCAUCCAGGAUCGCCUGGAGCAGGAGCUGAAGCAAAUUGUCAAGAGAUCCACCACCCAGGUGGCAGACAACGGCUACCAGCGGGGAGAGAACCUUGCCCAGGAAAACCAGCCCAGGUUGCUCCUGGAAUUGCUGGAACUUCUCUUUGACAAAUUCAACGCGGUUGCCGCUGCACAUGCUGUUGUCCUGGGGCAUCUUCAGCAGACCGUGGCUUCUCCCUCCAGUCAGUCUGAUGGCGACAUCAAGCUAUACGACAUGGCAGACGUGUGGGUGAAGAUCCAGGAUGUCUUGCAGUCCUGGGGCCUGGCCACCCCCCCGGAACCCCCCAAAGUCACCCCACUCACCACUGGAAGCCCCAUGCCAGCCCCGGAUGGGUUCCCCACCGGCGGAAGAGAUUGA